AUGGUCUUGGUGCAUGAUCGCAUCAUGGCUGCCCAGCUCGGCGAUUUGAUGGAGGAACUGGAGGUGGCUGCUGGGGCCGAGCACCCACUUGCUACUGUGUCUACCCUGGAGAAGAUCAUGAGUCUGACGAAAAUCGACAAAAACGUUGAGUUGAGUAACAAGCUGGUGGAGUGGAUCUUCUACGAUGCAUUGAACUGCCUCAGGAGCGGAUGGCUGGAUCGCGAUGCUAAGCGUGAUGACAUGCUUGCAUUCAGCAAGGCCUCUUUGCUGGGGAGGCGGUGCGUCUUCUAUUUGACCCAGAAGCUGAAGUACGGGCAGACUGACAUGGCGGCUGACCCAAGAACCCCUGCUGGAUUCCUGGCCAACAUGCUUUCUCACAGGACCUUCUCCAAGGGAGGGUUCCACGAUGGUGUUGACCAGACAUGGCUGGCUGAUCUGUACAGCUUUCAGCGGGAUGCUUUGUAUUCCAUCAAGCUGUUCUUCAGCGGCAGUGCUGAGUUGCACAAUCUCCUUCUGGAAGCCAGCCAGAAGGACGCCAACGUGAGUGCCGAGGUUUUCUUGCAGUGCCCCAAGAUCAAGAUUUGGGUGGACAUUGAUCAUUUGCUGGAUGUGAAGAUGCACCCUGGCAAAAUGAAUAUGGGAGACCUGGAGCCCAAGACGGUCACUGAAGCCGCCUCAGCCCUUCCGGAUGUCCCCGUUCAGGAGAACAAGCCGCCAGAGAUGGAGAAACCCCUCGAGUCUUUGGAGGACCACCCCGUGAUCGCCUUGGAGGAUGAGUCUCAAGAGCAGGAGGAGGAACGGAAGCUGAAGCAGAAGGAGUCGCUCUUGGCGAAGCUCUUCCCAGAUUUGUGCCCGCCACAGUACAUCAAAGAUAUCUGCACGAAGGUGGAGUGCGGUACCUUGGAGAACAUGGCGAAUUAUGCAAAGCAUCGUGUGUUUUCCUUUGUGGAUGUGCGCGUGUGGGAGCCAAGCUUUGAUUGGGAGAAGGCGUCCUCGGAGUGGGGCGACGGGCCCUUGCUCUUUGUUGCUGAUUCCAAGUGCUAUGGGCCCGGUGGCAUGUCGUUGGCCUUCCAAAAGACGCUCUACGAUGGCCUCCUCGGCAAUCCAAAAAGUGAAGAGGCAACCAAGGCCUGCUGCUUGAAGAAGCACUCCGUUGCAGUCCUGCUGGAUGGUACCAAUCAGGUGGUUUCAGGCCAGAUCAACCGGGAAUGCCAGAGACGCUUGAAGGCCAACUCGGAGUUCUGCAGAAGGCAGGGGAUCAUUACGUACAGGCUCCUGUACCACGGCCGGGAGUUCGCCAUUGAGAAUGAGCAUCCGCUUUCAAAGCGAUCCAUCCGUGGAGGAGUGCAUGCGAAGCUUCCAGAUCCUUUGGAGACUCUCUUUGUGCUGAAGGGGAAAGCCACCGCCAUUCCGACACGGGAGCGGCUUUACCUGGACCUCCCAGGAGACUCUCGAAGUUUGGGCUUUGCCUCACUGCUUCGCGGCUACGGCUAUGGCACGAGCAGGAAGGCUGCCGACGACCUUUCCAUGGAGCAUGUCCUUCCGGAGACAAAGAAGAACAUCCUGGAUGCCAGGCCUCAGACGGCUUCUUUCAAGAAAGAGUCGCAAGAAGGGCAGGAAGAGCCGUCAAAGCCAGCAAGCGACGAUGAUCAGUCCGCCAGUGAUGGGGAGGGCCAGGGCGGCCAGGGAGUUGAAGGGCACACGCUCUUGCCGCUGGAGGCGCCCGAGGCCCAUGCUCGUGAGUGGCUGAACUUGUUCACGCCAAAUGGGUGCACGAGGGUGAUCGACUUUUGCAUGGGGACGGGCAUGCUCGCCCUGGCAGCGGCGCGGACGCACAUGAAGUACCAGGGCUACGUGUUCUCUGAGUUGCACAAGUCCGUUGUGUCGCAGAUCCUGAUUUUGAAGGUGGUGCGUGAGCUCAUCCUCCAGAAGAAGGACGGGUUCUUCACCAGUCGCUUCUUGUCGAAGUCAAGGAGCCUUACUGGUUCGGAGGCGCCCUCUGAUGCCACUACAUUGGUUCUUGGAGAAGGAUUGGAGAUGCAAAGCCCUGGCCCGGCCGAGAGUGCAGCGAGCCAAGAUGUGGCUGGCAAGGGCAAGACCAAUGAAGAGAAUGAUGAGAAGCCGAAAGACAGCAAGAAGCGCAAGCGCAGGUCGUCAUCCGAUUCUUUCAUCUGA